AGAGGUGGAGGGUCUGGAGGUCAGAGGAUGGGGGCGGGCAUGCCACCCCCGUACGGGGGCAUGAGGGGCAUGAACCAAAGCAUGGAUCAGUCUAGAAAGAGGCACGCCCAGGCGGAGGCUCAAAAGAAGUCACAGAGCAACAGGAAGAAAAAGAAAAUGGCUGACAAAGUGCUUCCGCAGAGGAUCCGAGACCUGGUGCCCGAGUCCCAGGCCUACAUGGACCUGUUGGCCUUUGAGCGUAAGCUAGAUGCCACCAUCAUGCGGAAGAGACUGGACAUCCAGGAGGCCUUGAAGAGACCAGUCAAGGUAAGGUAUCCUUCAUGAUGUGAUGGCUUUCAGUAAAAAGAAAAAAAUGACAGAUAUUUUGAACUGCCUGGCAGUACUGAUUUUCAGUAAUUAGUACUGGAAAGUGAGAAGAAUAAUGAUGGUAUUGUGCAACAUACUGAUCUCUAAAGUUUCAGUUUUAUGUAUUGUCUUAUGGCCUUUCUUUGAAUAUAUUGAUUUCCUCACCAAAAUACAGAUUUUCAGCUUUUAAGUACUGAAAUACUCUUGCCUUGUUAAGGUCGGCAGCUCUGAAUAUCAUGAGCAUGGCCAGCUGAAACAAAAAUCAUUACUCGAAAUUCAGCUUUAUCAAUUUUGGACACCUUUCAGAGUCAAUGAGAAUUCUGGAAAUAUCUAUACUGGAGUUCUGUCAUGUCCCAGGAGAAGAGGAUUUUAUUAGAUUGCUUAAUUAGGUUCUUGGAAACAAAUUUCUCGAGUUAUUACUUCAUAUGAAAAUAGAGUCUUGAUAUUAAGACUACCCACCAACAAUAGGCCUUCCUAAACCUUUGUAAGCUUUCCUGAAGAGGACAAUAUGAUAGAAGUUUGGACCGACCAAUUGGACGGAAGGGCCAGCUUGCCACGCCCUUUCCAUUUCUGGCUCACCAACUCGUUAAUCACCCAAUUCACGCACCCCUGUGGAACGGACCGACCGCUCCUACAAGUUCAUCCCAACCGCUCAAAUUCUUUCUUUUUUUCUUUCUGGUGUAUUGGUCCAACGCUCCUGUGAAACGCAUCCUGGUUUCUUUUGAAACGAUCUGCCCUUCGACAAUGGAAUCAGACCAGAGAAAACUAAUAUUGUUUUUUAUCUCUUGAUCGGCCAUUCUGUGGGGUUGUGAUUCUGUUAUUGUGGUUUUUCCCAUCUCAGAUCACCAGGUGGUGGUCUCUUCUAGGUAAUGGUACGGGGUUCGCAGCCUUUGACUGAUAGGUCUAGACUGUAUUGUAAAAAUCCCACCCAAUAUAGCAAAGUAGGGCAGGUCAAUGGCGAUAUCGUCCAGCCCUUCAGAGAACAGUAUCAAUCUUGAGCAUGCACAGACUUAUAUAAGAUUUCUGAAAGGGUUGUGAGCACGGACGAUCGCAUUGGUUAGUCCAGAUUUCCUUGAAGAAGAACUUAGGUUGAAGAUCUCCUAGAAUGUCAAUAUAAUAAUAAUAAUAAUAUUCCGCAUUUAUAUAGCGCUUAAUACAUCGGAACGACGUCUCUAAGCGCUUUACAGACAUAUUAUUACCCCGGUCAUCGGAUCCUUGCAUGCCCGCAUACAAUGUAUGCACCUUCUCCACUCCCUGGGGAGCAUUCCAACAAGAGUUCCAAGACUCAAUUGCUAGGCUUACUACAUAUAGGCUUUCACAUCCUACCGGGUACCCAUUUAACACCUGGGUGGAGAGUGGCAAAGUGUGGAUUAACGCAUUGCCAAAGGACGCUAGGCCAUGGUGGGAUUCGAACACACGACCCUCUGAUUACAAGGCGAGAGUCAGAACCGCUACACCACGACGCUUCCACUAUGCUUUAUUAGCACCAGGGUAACAUAAUUAAUCAAGCAAUCACUAAAUGUGUUAUUUCUCCAGCUAAAAUGAUUAGCUUUUAAAUAAUGAAUGCUCUGUGGUAGAGGGGAAACAGUACCCUCCUUAGAAACAAGGGUUUUUACAUUUACUUCCAAUCAUAAAAUAAAUGUUUUGCAUUAGACUUAUAAUCUUCUAGCAAGGUCCACCCACUGUAUAAAAAAUGAGCUCAUUUUUCUGGUAUAUGGUCUAUUGCUCAAAGAUAUUGCACAAUAAUUUGAAAGAUGGUAAGAGUCUAAUAAAGAGUCUUUGUAGAUUGGCCUAAAUUCAUCUUCAUAGUGAUAUUAAUCAUUGAAAUUGCCUCUGCCCUGAAAAUUUUAAUACCAAAACCAAUCAAUCGCUCUUCACCCACUAACACAGUUUCUUGACAUAGUUUUUUCCAGCCCAUGGAAUAUGGUCUAAUUGAUUGCUGCAGUUGCGUGUUUGUUGAACAAUUUAUCUAGACUCCCAAUUGUUUCCAUUCUUUGGGGCGGCCCUUCCCCGUACAAUACUAAUAUAUACGGAACAGGGAGAAUGAGUGUUUUGAUGAAUAUUGUCAUAUAUCACCAUUAGACACAAUACCCUCUGCCGUCAGCCUCUUUUUUGUAUUGUUACCGAGCCAUGUUAUCUUUCUGAUAAACAGCAGGCCAACACGCCAUCAACAAUGGGUGCUCAGGCGUUAAGUGGCUUUUAAUCUAAAUAUAGUAAGAGAAAUAGAACAGAAUCAAUUAGUCCUUUGGAAGGUUUGUAUACAAGUAUUUAUCCUGACACAAUUUUGAAUAUUGUUGAAACAGGUCAAGGGUAACCCUGAAAGCAUACAUCUCUUCCCGAUAAACUAUUUACCCAGCCCUUUAUCUUGCUCUGACAAUUUGCGCUCUUCACCAUGUCGCUGUCUGCGAUACGCACGGGUGUCAAUCAUUCGCGAAGUUUGUUCAAGAAAACGAAUGUUCUUUUGUCGUCGACCUACAUGUGUACAAAGCACGACGCGCAGAUAACAUCCCGUCGUUAUGUUCAUGGGCACAAGCGAACAAUAGAUAUCGGUCAGUGACAUAUAUUGUAUUAUAUACUGACAUGAUAUAUCCGCGAACUACUUAUCGAAUUAACUUGAGAUCGCGAGAUGUGUACGACAUUUUAUGCACGUUCCUAUGUAUUAUUCUUCUUUUUUUUUCUUUUUUUUUUACAGAGUAUGAGUAUUUUCUAUAAUCUUAGUUUAAGGGAUUUAUACAUUGAUACAUUUUCUUGACUAAAGAGAAAACAACAUUCCUAAAUUUAAGUUAGGUGUGUUGGAUGUCCUCUCUCGUAAAAAAACAAGUACAGCUAUCUUGUUGCGUUGUUUAUCUGAUAUUUUAAUUUCAAUUCCCAAUUUCCUUUAGAGAGUACAAGGGGAUGAAAAAAUAGUUGAACAUUCAAAAUGAAUGAUAAAGAAUAUAUUUGGAAAGGUCAGUUUGAAAGAAGUUAAGCGAAACAAUAUCUUCUUGAUUGUCUUAAUUUUUCCCCAUUAUUUUAUCCUUGUUUGCAGAGCAUUCCACCAUUCCUCCAAAUAACAAUUGCGUAAAAAAAGUCCAUUACAAUUUCGCAAAAUGAUGUAAUACCAAGAUAGAUAAUUAAGUGAUAACCUAUUUAUCUCAAUUAGAAAACUGAUGGUAGAAUUGAAAUAAAAGCAAGGCUGAAAUGUGAGAAAAAAAAUUGUAUUUUUCAUGACCGAUAUAUCAUCCAUAUCAAUGUGUGGUUAAUACCGCCUCCAAGCAGAACCUAAUUACCCAUUUCUUACACGCUAUUAAGUACCCUAAUUGUAUUCAUACAUCCUUGACUCAGAAAAAAAAUUGAAUGUCAUUCACAAAAUUUCCAUACAAUGGCACAAAGUGGGCAAAAAAAAAUUUCAAGUCAUAGGAAACAAGCUUACAUCAGAAAUUGGAUGGGUGUUCUAGAUUUUCUUUGUGGGGGAUUCUGUGCCAAGGAAAGAUUGCCUAAAUGGGAACAAUAGGGUUUACCUAAACAGAUAAACAUAGUUUAGAUGUAGAGAGGUGCCGUGUUUGCUUGCCCCAGAUCCAGAGCCUGGGACGUGCGCCCCGAUGCGCUGCGUCUCGAGGUUGUGUGUGUGAUCUAUGAGUGUCCCGGGUAGCACUCGAAAGGGGAUGUGAGAGAGAGAGAGAGAGAGAGAGAGAAGUAAAAUAUGAGCGUGAACUUUUCAUCUGACACGGCAAAGCCCAUUCAAGAAAGAAGAAAGAAAUGGUUAGAUAGUGAUAGCUUGAGAGAGAGAGAUAGAGAGAGUUCAGGUGGGACUUUAUUGUAUACUUGAGAUAAUCAGGGUGAUAAAUGGGUCAUCGUGCAUUCUCGUUAUCUGCAGACGUAUUUGCUAAACGAUAAGUAGCGGAUAUAUGCGAGUCGGCUGGAAUACGACCUGACCCGCACCCUCUUUGUCUACUCAUCACGGAAAUUGGGCCGAUUAAAUAUUAUUCAACAUUUUCAAGUACACAUAUUCUUUAACUCUUUAAACUUUUUUGUUUGCGUUGGCCCAUAAUUUUCAUAGCUGCAUUAAAACACAACAACCUUCGCUCCACUUAAAAGCAAAUGUUCAAUAAAAUAGUCUGCUUACUAUUUUCUUAUCAAAAAUCCAUUUGUAAUGGUCAUAUUAACCCAUAUCAACAUAUUAACCUCCUUGAUAAAAGUUUAUACAGCGUCUGGAAAUGCCAAAAAAUGUAUCUCCAAACUUUUAAUCUCUGACAUGUGUAUUAAUAAAAUAUUAAUACAGUGAUCAGUAAUCCAUUCAAUUUAUUGGCUUUGUGUGUCUGUCCAUCUUUUUGCUAACUUUUCUCCUCCACAUACUGUCAUAUCACUUUAUAAAAAUGUCAUCUUAACCCAGAUUUGGUUUCACCCCUAAGUGUCCUCAUUAAAGGACAAGGCCACCCCAACAUAAAGUUGAUUUUAAUAAAACAAGAAAAAAAUCCAGCAAGCACAACACUGAAAAUUUCAUCAAAAUGAAAUGUAAUAUAAGAAAGUUAUGACAUUUUCAAAUUUUGCGUAAUUUCACAAAACAGUUAUAUGCACAUCCUGGUCAGUAUGCAAAUGAGGAGACUGAUGACAUCAUCCACUCACUAUUUUUGGGGUAGUUUAUUGUGUGAAAUACGAAAUAUUACAUGUGGUUCUGGGCCUGUUUUGGAGCUGAAAUCCACGAGGGGAUUCUUUACUUAAGUUUGUAAUUUGACUAUUUGUGAUUUUGUGACAUUCUGGAUAGCUGGAAUCUUAGAUUUGGGCCACAAAAUAGGCCUUCACAUUUCUUUUCUAUAAAGAAUCUAAUACAACAGACAUGCGGAUCCCUGUAGGAACCCAUUUUCACCAAGAUGAUUAGUUAUCAGUUUGGUGGUCAUUUCAUUUCAGAAACAUUGCAAAUUUUCAUUUUAUUGAUAUGUACAGUAUAUAUAUCACAGUCCAAAUGGAAAAAAGAAACUAAGUUGCCUAAUAGUGAACUAAGAAGAAAAAACAACUUAAAUAUUUCGAUGU